CCUGCACCUUCCAUCACCUCAAACCUCAGUCUAGCAGCUCAUCACUUUAAAACAAACUUCAAUUUGUAAUUAAUAAUUUUUAAUCCUCGUAUCUUUUUUAUAGAUAAAGACGGUGAUAUACCAUUCCACAAUGGAACGAAAGAACUCGGAAGCUGGCCCUUCAAAUAAUCCUCUUAAAGUACCUGCUGCAUCAUUUCGUACGUAUUUCGAUCAUCCUCUACCAUCAGAGCUCUCUACUAAUAAUAUAUGAUAGCGACACAUAAUUCACCUCGUGUGUGGUUCAUGACGUCUGCAUUAUCCCCAUUGUGUGUCAGAUUAAUCAGACUUCUUCUCAAGCAUGGUGAUUAUGUAGCCGCUGGUCUACCGCCAAAAGAAAUUGAAGAUGAUGAGCGAUGUCGAGAAUUCAAGGAACUCAUCAAUGACUGUAAUAGUAACAAAAGGCAGUGUGAGGGCUGGAAAGAUAGAAUUCGUGGAAUCAAGGUUGACGGAAGGUUACUAAGUAUUCUCUUGCCAAAAGAUGGGAUGGUUCUGUACUGAAUCUCCGACAGGGCCAAAUCGCAAUGCUUAGCAGCUAUCGCAGAAGCUAUUAGUUUGUUUGGACGUAUAGAUAUUCUGAUGUGCUGCUCAUCUGAAGGUAUUUGAUGCUGAAAUUUUGAUGGAAACUCGAUAUUGAUGUCAGUCUAGCUGUUGUCGGAACUGUGGAGGAGCUUUCAACGAAUCCUGCGACUCGGAGCCUCGUCCGUGAUCAGUUUGAUACCAUUUACUUCAAUCAGGUCAACUUUAUUAAAUCCGCUUUACCACAUCUUCGAAAAAAACGUGAUGGUCAUAUCCUCAUUCUUACUGGCAUUACAGGUCACAUAGGAACACCUGGAAUGUCAAUGUAUUGUGCUGCGACAUGGGCUCUGGAAGGGUUUUGUGAUGCCCUGACCUACGAGGUCGCUCCAUUCAACAUUAAAAUAACGAUUGUUCAACCCAAUAAAGAAAUUCAACUACUAACAAACAAAAUUACUUUCGCCCCACAGUUACCACAAUAUGAAACUCAAAACAAUCCAGCUCCUCAAAUAAGGGACAUCUUGGCGCAUGUGUUAAACUCACAUCCAGAUACUCGAAUAGAUCCACAAAACCAUAAACCCUCAAUUGAAUCAGUGUUUCCUAUUCUACCUAGCGAAUCAAAGGAUAAAUUGGUUAUGGAAACCGUUCAUGCCUUAACAGCAAUUGGAGGUCAUGAAAACCCCCCAGCGAGGCAUAUUGUAGGCUACGAAGGAAUCGCAUCUGUUAAAGAAAAGUUGAAGAUAGUCAGUGAAGAAAUGGAAGACUUUGUGGAAGUUAGUUGUGCAGUGGAUAUCUACACUAAAAGCGCAGUUAGCCAGGCAGCAUUGGCUGAAACAAGGUCACAACGUAAGCGUAGUGUCAGUAUUGAAAGACGGGACUCCAACAAUGAAGGUAAGAUUGCCCAGCCUGAAAUGAGUAUCACCAUGCCCGAACAUGGAAUGAAUUCCUUGGACAAUAUUCAAAGUAGAAAUGAUGGAUUAAUGUCAAGAGGAAAAGAAGGAGGAUGGGGGAGGGGAAGAGGAAAGGGGGAGUCAGGGAGGAAGUCAUUGAGAGAACUGAGAAAGAAAUGAUGUACCUGAAUUAAGUACAGUACUGACCAAUAAUUCUUCAGAUUAAAUGCCCAACUUACAAUAACAUUACAACAUUAUAUGAAUUGCAUUGUAAGUCAUCAGUCACGUUUAUGCAUGGGUAGAAUUUUGUUUAACAUGUUUGUUAUUUAGGAAAAAGGUUUCUUUAUUUGUCGGAAAGCAAAAGAAAUCUAAAAAGGAAAAUCUCGGAUCAACAUACAAUCAAUCGUUGUUUUUCUUGUUCAAUUUCUGAUUCGGAUCGUUUCGACUGUUUAGGAAAGACAAGACGUGCCAGCGUCCAUUGGAGAAAGGAAAAAGCUGCAAAGGAAAGUCUGCAUCAACCUACUAUCAAAUGCUAUUUCUCCUGUAAAAUACUCCCCCAGAAUUCUUUCUUGCCCCGAUCUCUUGAAACUUCCUUAGCGCAUCCUCUUGCUUUUCUUCCACCUCCCUCAUCUCCUUC